CAUAGCUAAUCGUUUCCCUAAGUGCCACUUUUCUAUCUACCUGGAGACAAGAGUUGAUCUCACCGAGUGAAUGUGAUACAUCCAAUUUAACGACACUCCAUGUCUCCGCGCGCACAGGGUUAAACCCCCAAACAACCCAGUCACUCUGCCGUUCCAGGUGGCACAGCACCCUAACCGAGCGAGUUCACUCGACCCGAGCUCAUCCAUUUAUGGAAAAACCCAUAUCGCACGGAGUCGUGCGCUCGCGUUAUCGUCUACCACAACCCCCAAAGACUGCGCUCUUGCCUUGACGGCACUAGAGCACCAUAUAAAUAAUACACUGCAUAUACCUACGACACUGCGAAAUGCACUUGCUAUCCACCCUCCAGCGCACCUCACGCCUCUUCCAGCGCUCCAUCUCAAGCAGCAAUUCCUCGCAAGCCCCGCCAGAAUCCCCAGAAGCAGCACCUCCAAUGCCAUCCACGCCCAGAAUCGCCAGCACCACCACAAUAGGUAUCGGAAACUCCCUCCACGCCAACAUCCGACCCUUCAGCACACCUUUCUGGGUGCUUGUCAGUCUGAGCACGCCAAUCCUGAUCUUCGCGAUUUUGGGCCUGUACUUAUGGCUCAUGCACCGCGUGCGCGAGAAGCGGCGGCUACGGAAUGGGAAUCGUGUUGGGACGCCGAAGAGUGUAGAGGCGGGAGCUGGGGUCUUGCGACCAGCGGUGCUGGGCAGGGACGCUGGGGCGUUACAAGCAGGCGGUGAUGGACAUGGAGAGGUGCGGGAUAGCCUGGAUAUUUUGAAGGAAUCUGAUCUCGGCGAGAAGCAGAGGAGGGCGAUGAGGAAGGAGAAAGGGGAGAGGAGGUAUGGGAGGUAUUUCUUGAGAGGCAGCGAUGAGGAGCUGCAUUGGAUGGGAUGAUAUGGUGCUGUCGACGACGCUGGCGUUCAUGUCAGCACUGUGGUAUCUUUGUGAGGGCUCUCUUUGUUGCUAGGUUGGUGUGAAUAUACCAAUGCCAACGGCCACGCAUUGUAAAUGGACAUAGUGCCUGAGCAGGAAAAUGCCAUACAACAUGCGAAUUACUUCCAGCACCACGAGCUACCAUUCCCUUGUAACGCCUAUCGAGUACUCGAGCAAUUUUUCACGAGGCACCGCAGCAGCACUGUGAACAGCCAACAGGAUGUACAUAUACAGCACUACCCGGCCCUACCUC